AUGGGUUCCGUGGUCCUUCCUCAUCUUGUCACAGCAUGGCACGUUGAUCAAGCCAUCAUGUCCGAGGACGAGCGUCUUGUGGUGAUACGUUUUGGUCGCGACUGGGAUCCAGACUGUAUGCGUCAGGAUGAAGUGUUGUACCGAAUCGCCGACCGAGUCAAGAAUUUCGCAGUCAUAUAUGUAUGCGAUCUUGACCAAGUGCCGGAUUUCAAACAGAUGUAUGAGCUCUACGACACUGUCACCCUCAUGUUCUUCUUCCGCAACAAACAUAUGAUGUGCGACUUUGGCACUGGUAACAACAACAAAUUGAACUGGGUAUUGGAGGAUAAGCAAGAAUUGAUUGACAUUAUCGAGACAAUCUAUAAAGGUGCGAAGAAAGGGAGAGGUCUUGUUGUUAGCCCGAAGGAUUAUUCGACUCGCUACCGAUAUUAA